UCGAUUUAUCUGCGAGCAGCUUGUCAUUACUGACUUCCAUCUGCACACCGCUGGUUCUUACAGUUAGCUGUCGACGACAACAGGCUACUACCGUUCACUACGCAUUCUCCAUAGCCAUGGCAGAUCCAAGAAUACGGCAAGUGAAGAUAAAAACCGGCAUCGUUAAGAGGCUGGCGAAAGAAGAGAUCGCAUACAUAACCGAGGCAAAGCAGCAGGAGGAGAAGGUUGAGCGCCUGAAAGCAGAGGCAGGGGAUGAUUAUGUCAUCAAGAAACAGAUGGAGGUGUUGCAGGAGUCCAGAAUGAUGAUUCCAGACUGUCACCGCCGUCUGGCCGUAGCACACGCAGAUCUGCUGCAGUUACUAGAAACGGAGGAGGAUUUGGCUGAAUCAGAGGAGUACAAAGAGGCUAGAAACGUAUUGGACUCAGUGAAGCUUGAAGGAUGAUUUCUGAUGUGUUUCUGUUCUCACUGUGAGAUUCCCUCGCUUAAAUGUCCAUUCCUUUCGUCAGACCUUGUUUGGAGCCGCGGAGGCCAACUGAAUCCAUUCAAAGUCUCUGUUCUUGAUGUAAUUAUUUCUACUGUUUACUGAUAACGUGCCACCACAUUCGACCACACUUCUCCUCUGUGUACAACCCCACAGAACAUGAUAAAGCAUUCAGUUUAAUACA